AUGUUUCCUUUACAACAAAGCGAUGAGCUGGUUUUUCAGAUCGCUCCUAAUCCUGGCCAACAACCCCAAAUCCAAAAAGAUCUUAGGAUGAGUUCUUCACUGGAGAGAAGUACCCUAAUCACCUACAACGUCGAAGAAAGGUGUGAAAAACUACCGGUUUUUCGAGACAACCCCGAUGAGAGUACUAAGGACGGCAAGCGGAAACGAACUAUGCAUAAAGACAUUGAACGGCAAAGAAGGCAGGAAAUGACUAAUCUUUAUGCUUCUCUUCGUUCAUUACUGCCUCUGGAAUACAUCAAGGGAAAGCGGUCUACAUCGGAUCACAUUCAGGAAACAGUAAAUUAUAUAGAACACUUGCAAAGGAACAUGAAGGAACUAGGGAUGAAGAGAGAGAAGCUAAAGAAUUUGUUCAAUACAAGUGCUAUUGGUCCUGAAAACAGAAGCUCAAAUGGUUCUUUGCCUGUAAGUGUUACGGUGAAUUUAUGCAGUGAUGGAUUGGAGAUUUUAACCAGCUGUGGUUCCAAAGGGCAAGGUUUCCCCCUCUCAAGAGUGUUGGAAGUACUGGCUGAAGAAGGCUUCAACGUUGUCAGUUGUAUUUCCACCAAAAGAGAUGAAAAGAUUUUUCACACAAUUCAGUCCGAGGUUAGUGAUCUGGAUCGUGUUGAUCUUUCUGUGCUCAGACAAAAAGUGACUGACAUGAUCAAUGAAUGA